UUAAUUUCAACGACGAUGUUCAACAACGGGUACACCAACAACAAAAACUGCCUGAGCCCGAUGCCGUCGGCAUCAUCGUCAACGACGGCGACGCCCCAAACGACGUCGUCUUCUUCUUCUGGCACAACAAAUUCCCAGACCCAAUCUCUGAUAAAGGCGUAUUUUAAAACCCCAGAAGGCCGAUACAAACUUCACUCGGAGAAGACUCGGCCGCCCAACCUCCUCCCCUACUCGUACGCCAAGUCAAUUUCUCAGGUGACGGUAGCGCAGCUUAAGGACAAGCCUAGCAGCCAGCCUACGCUGACGCCGAGUUUCAGCACCACCGGGAUGCGGUCGGCGGCGGCGAGGCUGUUGGGAGGAAGCGGGGGCAAAGCUCUGAACUUUGUGGGAGGGAGUGGAUAUAGCAGAACCAGCAAUGGGAGUAGCAGGUAUGCUCAUUUCGGCGGGUCGAAUGGGACCCACCACGCUGUUAACUCGAAUCUCGGCGGUAAAGGGUCGUUUAUGGUUUUCAAUGUUGGGGAUACUGUUUAUAUCAGUGAUCUCAAUUCGCCUGAUAAGGAUCCUAUUAAGUCAUUGCAUUUUAGCAAUUCGAAUCCGGUGUGCCAUGCUUUUGAUUCCGAGGCCAAGGACGGGCAUGACUUGCUUAUUGGAUUGAGCUCUGGAGAUAUUUAUUCCGCGUCUUUGAGGCAGCAAUUGCAAGAUUCUGGAAAGAAGCUUGUUGGUGCCCAUCACUAUAACAAAGAAGGUGCUGUCACUAGCAGCCGGUGUACCAGCAUUGCGUGGGUUCCUAAAGGGAAUAGUACCUUUGUUGCUGCUCAUGCUGAUGGAAAUUUGUAUGUCUAUGAGAAGAGUAAGGAAAGUGCUGGUGAUUCUUCUUUCCCAGCUAUAAAGGAUCAUACUCAAUUUUCGGUGGCUCAUGCAAGAUCCAAUAAGAGUAAUCCAAUUUCCAGAUGGCGUAUUUGCCAAGGUUCAAUAAACAGCAUUGUUUACUCAGCAGAUGGGGCAAAUUUGGCAACCGUCGGUAGAGAUGGCUAUUUGCGAGUAUUUGACUACUCAAAAGAACAACUAGUAUUCGGUGGCAAGAGUUAUUAUGGUGGUCUUCUGUGUUGCGCGUGGAGUCCGGAUGGGAAAUACAUUUUGACAGGAGGGGAAGAGGAUCUUGUUACCGUGUGGAGCAUGGAAGAUAGAAAAGUAGUAGCUUGGGGUGAAGGGCACAACUCAUGGGUCAGUGGUGUUGCUUUUGAUUCAUAUUGGUCACCACCAAGUUCAGAUGACACGGAAGAAAAUAUUGUUUACCGUUUUGGUUCUGUGGGUCAGGACACAAAAUUGCUCCUAUGGGACCUGCCAAUGGAUGAGAUUGUAGUGCCACUUCGCCGAAGUUCACUUGGUGGAUCUCCAACAUUCAGCACAGGUAGCCAGUCAUCCCAUUGGGACAGCGUUUACCCCAUUGGCACUCUUCAACCUGCUCCCAGCAUGCGGGACAUUCCAAAGCUCUCCCCACUGGUGUCCCACUGCGUUCAUUCUGAGCCCCUAUCCGGAUUACUUUUCACAGAGGAUGCUAUUCUCACCGCGUCUUGGGAGGGGCAUGUGAAAAUUUGGAUGAGACCCGGUGAGCCUGAAACUAAAAUAAACGCAGAAGCCCUGCUAGGUGCUAGUCCGAAGGACCAACUCCUCACAGGCAAAGGUUACACAGAACCGGCAAAAAGCAAGCCACUGACAGGCAAAGGUGGUGCUUUUAAUUUCAAGGAAAUAUCGAAAAGCAGUCGAUUGGGGUACCUUCCGUAGUGCUGAUUUGCCGUUUGAAUCUGUAAUUAUGCCGCUUCCAGCAACUUGGUUCCUUCAGAUUGCCAUACGUAGCAUACCAGUUCAUUGAGUUGUUUCAGUUGAUGGCUAUGAUCUAGCUCAACGGUGACAAACGACGUUUGCUUUUAGAUAAGAAGCGCGGAAAGAGGGGUAGAGAGAGAUGCACAGGGCAUAAUUGUAUUGCGUUUAGGUUUUUGCAAAGGUAGGUUUACAACUUACAACUCACAAUAUUCACUUGCUGUUGACUGCUUUUCUAUAGGACAAUACAUGUACAAAUACCCAUUGUUUUGCAUCUGCAGAGGCAAAAUCUUUUCGUUUUCCUUUCAAGUUAUAAAUACUUCAGAUAAUCUGUAUUCUUGUAAUGGUCACCAUGGCCAGAAUAAAAGCGAUAUCGGAGUUGCCUGCGAUGGUGUUCGAGUGUUUCGCUUUAAAACUAGCAUCGGUAUGUAAUUCGGAUGUGAUUCGUAUAAAUGAAAGUUUUCUAUGGUGUUUAA